AUGACGAAGAGUUCAACUUCUCAAAAGGCACCUGUGUUGUGCUGCUGGGUGCCCCUGUUGCUUCUUCUAUGCUUCUGUUUUGCAUAUUCUUCUGCUUUAACUACUAAUGAAGCCUCUACAGGAUUAGAGGUGAACACUGAUGGCAAGCCAUUGGAUAGAAAGUCAACAGGAGUAGAAGAUCACAAUGAUGACGCAAAAUUUAAAGCAUUUUUUCCACCAAUAUUUCCAGUUUAUAAGAAGCCUAUACCAAAGCCAUUUCCAAUAGAGAAUAAGCCUCUACCAGAUCCAUUUUUUAAGCCUAUACCGAAGGUGUUUCCAGUUGUCAAACCUAUACCAAAGCCGUUUCCAGUUUUCCAGAAACCUAUUCCAAAGUGGAUUCCAGUUGUUAAGCCCAUACCAAAGCCAAUUCCUAUUGUUAAACCAGUGCCAAAGCCAUCUCCUAUUCCUGUUCCAAUUGUUAAGCCAAUUCCUAUUCCAGUGUUCAAACCUAUCCCAAAGCCAUUUCCAAUAGUAAAAAAGCCUCUACCUAUUCCAGUCAUUAAUCCAGUACCUAAGCCUAUUCCAAUUGUUAAGCCAUUUCCUAUUCCAGUGUUUAAACCUGUCCCGAAGCCAUUUCCUAUUCCAGUGUUUAAACCUGUCCCGAAGCCAUUUCCUAUCCCAGUGUUCAAACCUGUCCCGAAGCCAUUUCCAAUAGUGGAAAAGCCUCUACCUAUUCCAGUAAUGAAACCAUUACCUAUGCCUGUUCCAAUUGUAAAGCCCAUUCCUAUACCAGAAUUCAAGCCUGUUCCAAAGCCAUUCCCAAUAGAGAAAAAACCUCUACCUAUUCCAGUAGUAACUAAUCCCAUACCACCUUUGCCAGUUCACAAGCCAAUUCCAGCUCCAUAAGAAUUUCACU